AUGGAAGAACAACACCACCAACUUACCUUCCGCAAAGAACUUCUCACUCCGUGGAUGGCAGCAACUUUGAUUGAUUUCUAUAUCAACAUUGCAAUUUUGAGUACCUGGGUUGUGUACAAGGAAGCAAAUUGGCUGUCAUCUCCAGAAUCUUCGCAGGACCCUAUGAGCUAUGUUCUAUUACGACAUCCACACAAGAGUAGCACAGAACCAACAGCAAAGUCUCACUUGCUUCCGUCUUCUUCAACCACCGCCGAGGGACUCAUCCAGCCUCUCCAUCUUUCGGCGUCCUCCGGGAUCUCUCCGCCGCCGAAUGUUAAAGGGAGUCUCACGGUUGUUGAUGAACGGAGCGGGAAGAAGUAUAGUAUUGAGGUGUCGCCUGAUGGAACCGUCAAAGCCAAUGAUUUCAAGAAGAUAUCAACUAGGAAGAAUGAUAAGGGACUCAAGCUUUAUGAUCCUGGAUAUUUAAACCUUGCUCCUGUGCGUUCGACGAUUUCUUAUAUUGAUGGUGAUGAGGGAAUCCUUAGAUAUAGAGGAUACCCCAUUAAGGAGUUGGCUGAGAAAAGCACCUUUCCGGAAGUGGCAUAUCUCAUAUUGUAUGGAAACUUGCUUUCUGCGCGUCAGUUACAAGAUUGGGAGUUUGCUGUAUCUCAACAUUCAGCUGUACCACAAGGCGUUUUGGACCUCAUACAAUCAAUGCCUCAAGAUGCACAUCCUAUGGGUGUUCUUGUUAACGCUCUAAGUGCUUUAUCUGUUUACCAUCCUGAUGUAAAUCCAUAUGACGAGCAAGAGGAAGGGCGGUCAGUUCCUAGAAUCUCUAGUAACUCCAAGAACAUGGAUAAUCUCACACUCUGA